GUUCUUAUUUGUUUAUUAGUAGAGAGAGGGAAUGUUAAAUUGUUUAUAAGUUGCUGUGUUUAGAAAACAACAGUAGCAAUAAAGUUUAGGCAAAAAAUAUGUAAUACAUGAAGGCAGGAUUUAACGUAACGAUACCGGAAAAAUUAGGGGUGUAAGUAAUUGGACCAUUAGGCGGUUUGUAUGUGUUAUUGGGCCUAAAGCCCGAAUACAACUUUGAUUAAAAAGGAGGAUAUUAUUUGAAAGAAAUUUGGAAGGAAUGAGUGAAUGACUAUAUAAUCUCCUCUUCUAAGAAGUGAUUCUUUCAUCCCAACACCACAAUAAUUUAAAUACUAUAAAGUUUACUUUAUUUUAUUUACAUUCAUGAAGUGAACCCAAAUUGGAUGGAUGAAUAAAAGUUUACAUAAGCUGGAGUAAUUUUAGAAUGAUUAAAAUAAUUUAAUAAUUUAAAAAAGAAAAUUGGAGAGUGAAGUUUGUUUAAAAUAAAACAAAAACAACGAAGCAACCAAAGUAAAAGGUGAGAAAUGCCAACUGUUCCAAAGUCCAACCCGUCAACGAAAUGUAAGAUGAAACGUGGCAAAAUCCUGAUGGUUCCUUCACGAAGCCACCAUACCAACUCCCCUCCCGAUCUUCUCUCUUACUCUCUCUCAUUCCCCGAUCUUCAUUUCUCCGGCUGUAUCUACAAUUUUGACCGGCCGGAUCUCCGUGCCGAUGCCCAACUAACAACGGAAAGACAUUCCUUCCUUCUCUCCUCCGUUUCACGUUCCUCGGCUGCAAGGAUGCCGUCGCCUUCGAUCCUACCUAUCACCCAGCCCCCUUCUUCCUCUCCAUUUUCCUCUGGGGGCUCCGUCACCAAUUCCAUUAUGGCAACUACAUCUACUGCCAUAGACAUUAUGUUGCUUAAAGAAGACGACGAACAUAGGACUGGACUUCUUGUUUCUCCAUUGUUCGAUGACGAUAGGUCGAUAGGUCAUAAGCCCCUUCUUCCUAGGACUUCCAGCUAUGCCUCCUCCACAUCAACUUCCUCUUCCGGCAGCACUAUGUACAAGCAGAAGCGGAGGCGAGUCAAGAGUGAAGAAUUUUUAUCUUUUCUCUCCGGUGACGGCCGCCACCAGACUUUUGAUCAUGAUGUGGAGAAUGCCGAUGUUGAGAGAGCUGAAAGAUUUCUACUGACCCGUUUGGGUUUGAAACUCUCAAAAUAUAUUCGGGUAGCAUUUAGAUGGAUUGCAAGGUUUCUGGCACUUGGUUGCUAUUCAUUUUUUCUUCUUCCAGGUUUUCUUCAAGUUGGUUAUUAUUAUUUCUCUUCCAGUCAGAUACGCAGAAGUAUACCUUAUGGUGAUAAACCAAGGAAUAAGUUGGAUCUUUAUCUUCCAAAACAUAUUGACGGCCCAAAACCAGUUGUUGCUUUCAUCACUGGCGGGGCUUGGAUUAUUGGCUACAAAGCUUGGGGUUGUCUUCUAGGGCAACAAUUAUCAGAAAGAGAUGUCAUUGUAGCAUGCAUCGAUUACAGAAAUUUUCCUCAGGGAACUAUGAGUGAUAUGAUUGAUGAUGCCUCCCAAGGUAUCUCGUUCUUGUGUAAUAACAUUAGAGAAUUUGGAGGCGAUCCAAACAGAAUUUAUCUAAUGGGUCAGUCAGCUGGAGCACAUAUAGCUGCCUGCACGCUUUUGGAGCAUGCAAUGAAAGAGGUUCGCAAAGUAGAAAGUAUCUCUUGGAGUGUGUCUCAGAUCAAAGCUUAUUUUGGUUUGUCAGGAGGGUAUAAUUUGCUCAAUUUGGUAGAUUACUUUCACUCUCGAGGUCUAUCUCGUUCUCUGUUUCUAAGCAUAAUGGAAGGAGAACAAUCCUUGAAACGAUUUUCACCCGAGGUAAUGAUCUUGGAAGAACCCAACAUAGGAGCGGCAGUCUCGAUUCUUCCUCCCAUCAUUUUAUUCCAUGGAACAGCAGACUAUUCUAUACCAUCAGAUGCUAGUAAGACUUUUGCCGAGACUCUUCAAAGCGUUGGAGUGAAAACCGAAACAUUUUUCUACGAAGGAAAGACGCAUACAGAUGUAUUUGUUCAGGAUCCAUUGAGGGGUGGGAGAGAUCAAAUGUUUGAAGAUCUUGUUGGUAUCAUCCAUGCCAAUGACGCGGAAGCGCUGGCAAAAGAUGCAGUAGCACCUCCAAGAAGACGAUUUGUACCCGAGAUCAUGUUGAUGUUAGCUCGUAGUGUUAGCCCCUUCUAACAACAUGAUUAUCAUCGAUCAACCUACAUCCCCAUGUGAAAUUUAGUAUUCCUCUGAUCUUAGUUGCAGUUCAUUUGUUGUAGGUCACAAAUGGAGGAAAGAUAAAUUUAGCAUAUCAUGAUUUGGAAAGAUUUGUUGCAGAACUAUAUAUAUGUGAUUCUUUCGAUAGACAAUGGUAAUGAAAUAUCAUCUUUAGUCAA